CUGCUCUCCUUUUUCUUCCCCCUGCAGCCGAACAAGAACCAAGCCGACAGCACCCAUCCCUUUGAGAGAAACCAGAAAGCUUCCGGAUCUGCCCUAUUCUGCUUCUUCCGUCCACUGCUCUGCCGUGUGUGGAGGUGUGGAAUUUCCAGUUUUUGCCCGUGAGUCCCCUGCAAAUUGCCGCCGGCCCUCCCCAAGCCACAGCUCCGAUUUUUGCUGGAUUUAUGGUCCUUGAUUGCCCCGUGAUCCCAGCACUUGGAUUAAGCCUUUUGUCUGCGUGAUUAAGGUAAGUAAAUUAUGGUAAAGCCCAUAAAUUUUUGAAGCAUAUUUUAAUUGUUUUCUGAGAUGGUGGCGAGGUUUAAAUGGAUUUAUUUGCAUUUGAGCAUGAUUAAAAAGGGAAUUUGAACUUUUAUUAUUUUCCUUCUUUUCUAGAAUUGAGCAUGCCCACAUGAGAUUUUUCGGUUUAUUUUGAAAGUGAGAACAAUUGUGAAUCGUGGUUUCUGUAAAUCUUGCUUGGUUUUGUCUCCGAUAUAGUCGUGUUAUUCGUGUGCCCGCUAGUGGGAGGUUUAUAAACGUUAGCACAUGUCGACAUGUUAUUGAUAGAAUCGGUUCGCUCGUGGCCCUACUAGUGGGGAUUAUACACUAGCACUCGUGGCCCUACUAGUGGGGAUUAUACACUAGUACUCGUGUGCCUGCCAAUGGGAGGUUUAUAACACUGGCCAUGACUAAUUGAGGAGACCACUACGUGAUUUUAUUUUGCAUUAAUGAUUUGUUAUUAAAACGCUCUGUUCUUGAAACGCUAUGUAGUGAGACCGACGCAUGGGAAGCCCGGGGGAGUGACGAGCUAGACGGCUAGGCACUUUUGGACUUAGGUUUUUGUAGCUAAGCCGUUAGUCACCCAUGCUUGACAUAGAAAAUUUGGUGUACAGAAUUUAGUGUUAGUCAUGAUUGUAUAUAUGAAGUGAUAAAUUUUGUACAUUCGACUAGUAACUAUUUGGUAGAUUAAAGGGCUUAAAUCUGAAUUGCUAAGUAAGAACUCAGUAGGUCUCGAGCUUUAUGCAUUUGUGGGCCUCGCUCACGAGUGCACGACGUCUACCACGACCCCGGAUUUGGGUUCUGAGGCGUGACAGAUUUUGUGGUAUCAGAGCCUAGGAUAAUUUAAGAGCCUAGGAUUAGUCUAGAACUUGGCUAGCUAAGGAAUGAUAGGAACGCGGUGAGGCAUGAAAGUGGGGUUGAUUAAAGGCGCUUAUGUGAUUCUUUUCCUGAUACGUGUUGGUUUCUUGUGUUUUGAUACUUUUGUGCUGCUUAGUCCCGGAAGCGGAAACUUUGCUCAUCCUACUCAGCUUACUUGCCACGUUUGUGGGAAGGUUGGGCACACCCGGGAUCAAUGCCACACUGUUAUUGGGGUUUGCUUCAAAUGUGGCAAGCAGGGACAUCGGAUUGCAAAUUGUCCACUGCUAGACCCCAAAGCCCAGAGUACUCAGCCUACCUCUCCACAGAGUUCUACCAGUCAGGGAGCGCAGAAACAGAGUACUGGGGUUCGGACAAGAGCCCAGCAGGCGAGAGUGCAAGUGAUGACUCACAAGGAAGCUGCGGCUACUGACGUAAUCACGGGUACCUUGCCUGUUAACUCUGAUUAUGCGCAUGUUUUAUUUGAUUCGGGUGCAUCGCACUCCUUUAUUGCUCGAUCUUAUGUUUUGAAACAAGCCUUGCCUGUUGAUACCUCUGAUUGUGAACUGCAUGUGGACACCCAUUUAGAAGGGGUGAUGACUACUAGGGAGGUGUGUAGAACUGUGGAUAUUUAUGUUGAUGGUAGACAGUUGAGUGCUAGUUUGUUUGUUUUAGAUAUCUCCGACUUUGAUAUCAUUUUGGGGAUGGAUUGGCUGUCAAAACACUUUGUCUCUAUAGACUGUCAUCGAAAAUGGGUAAUUUUUAAUAUUCCUGGUGAGCCAGAAUUUAGUUUUCAAGGCAGUGGUUCUUUUGCUCUACCCGUGUUAGUAUCUGCCUUACAGGCUCAGAAAUAUCUUGUAAAUGGUUGCCAGGGCUUCCUAGUCUCUGUUACUGAUGCUAGUAGUGUGACAUCGAGACUAGAAGACAUACCGGUGGUGCGUGAGUUUCCGGAUGUAUUUCUGGAGGAUCUCCCAGGUUUACCUCCGGAUAGAGAGGUUGAAUUUGCUAUUGACCUUGUUCCUGGCACCGGACCCGUUUCCAAAGCACCAUACCGUAUGGCUCCUGCAGAAUUGAAGGAGUUAAAGGUCCAACUGGAGGAACUCCUUGAGAAAGGGUUUAUACGCCCUAGUGUAUCACCUUGGGGAGCUCCAGUGUUGUUUGUCAAGAAGAAGGAUGGGAGCAUCAGGCUAUGCAUUGAUUACCGGGAAUUGAAUAAGGUGACUGUGAAGAAUCGGUAUCCCCUUCCUAGAAUUGAUGACUUGUCUGACCAACUCAAGGGUGCUCAGGUAUUUUCUAAGAUUGAUCUUCGAUCUGGCUACCACCAGUUGAAGAUUAAACCGAAUGAUGUGCCAAAGACUGCCUUUCGCACCCGUUAUGGUCAUUAUGAGUUUAUAGUCAUGCCAUUUGGCUUGACAAAUGCCCCUGCCAGAUUUAUGGAUUUGAUGAAUCGGGUGUUUAGCAAGUACCUAGACCAGUUUGUGGUUGUCUUUAUUGACGACAUUCUGGUCUACUCUUCUAGCCAUGCUCUUCAUGAGAAGCACUUGAGGACAGUCCUCGAGACGUUGAGAAGGGAGAGGCUGUUUGCUAAAUUCAAGAAGUGUGAAUUUUGGCUAGAUAAUGUUGCAUUCCUAGAAAUCCGUAGUUUUCUGGGAUUGGCUAGUUAUUACCACCGAUUUGUGGGGGAUUUCUCUAGAAUUGCUCUGCCCAUGACUCGUCUUAUCAGAAAAGACACCAAGUUUGAGUGGAUCCUAGAGUGUGAGAAGAGCUUUUUGACCUUAAAGGAGAAGUUGAUCACUGCUCCUGUGCUUGCACUUCCAAUUAAUGGGGAAAGAUUCACUAUAUAUAGUGAUGCCUCUAAAAAAGGUUUAGGAUGUGUCUUGAUGCAAAAAGAUAGGGUUAUUGCAUAUGCUUCUCGGCAGUUAAAGCCUUGUGAAGAAAAUUACCCUACCCAUGAUCUGGAGUUGGCAGCCAUGGUAUUUGCACUCAAGAUCUGGAGGCAUUAUCUGUAUGGUGAGACUUGUGAAAUCUUCACUGAUCACAAAAGCCUUAAGUAUAUUUUCACUCAGAAGGAGCUUAAUAUGAGGCAGAGGCGAUGGCUUGAACUUUUAAAGGACUACGACUUGACCAUUAGCUACCAUCCGGGCAAGGCUAACAAGGUAGCAGAUGCGUUGAGCAGGAAGUCCUCUGGCACUGCCUCUAGCAUCCUUGCCACUCAGAAGGAGUUACUUGAGGAUCUUGUGAAACUGGAUGUGGAGUUGAGAAUGAACAGCACUACGGCUUAUCUAGCCGCCCUCAGUGCACAACCGGCAUUAAUAGAUAGAAUUAAACUUGCCCAACAAAAAGAUUCCUUCUUGCAAAAGAUGAAGGAAAAAGUAAGAGCCGGGGAACCCCACAUGCAAGAAUUCAGGAUUUCUAAUGAUGAGAUUCUGUGGUUUGGUGACAGGCUGUGUGUACCCAGAGAUCAUGCUUUAAGGCGUGAGAUUAUGGGAGAUGCCCAUUAUACUAGCUAUACAAUCCACCCAGGGAGCACCAAGAUGUAUCGCGAUUUACGUAGUACAUUUUGGUGGCGGAACAUGAAGAAGGAGAUAGCUAGAUUUGUCUCACAAUGCCUGACUUGCCAAAAGGUCAAGGCUGAACAUCAGAGACUUUCCGGAAAACUGCAGCCGUUACCUAUUCCUCAGUGGAAGUGGGAAAACAUCACCAUGGACUUUGUGACUGGAUUACCACGAACCUUUAAGGGUAAUGAUUCCAUCUGGGUCAUCGUUGAUCGAUUAACCAAAUCAGCUCAUUUCUUACCCUACCGGACUGGCACCUCCAUUGAAAAGCUUGCCAAUAUGUACAUGGAGGAGGUAUUCAAACUGCAUGGAGUCCCUGUGUCUAUUGUGUCAGAUAGAGAUACCAGAUUUUUGUCUCAUUUCUGGACUAGCUUGCAGCAGGCACUUGGUACUCAAUUAAAUUUCAACACGGCCUUUCAUCCUCAAACUGAUGGGCAAUCUGAGAGAACUAUUCAGAUACUUGAGGACAUGUUGAGGGCUUGUGUCCUAGAUUGGAAAGGUUCAUGGGAUCAACACUUAUCCAUGGCUGAAUUUGCAUAUAAUAAUAUGGGCGAAAGGAGCAUUUUAGGCCCAGAAUUGGUGCAACAAUCUUCUGAGAUUGUGCAGUUGAUCAAGGAAUGCCUUCGUGCUGCACAAAGAAGGCAGAAAAGCUAUGCGGAUAGAAGGAGACGAGACCUUGAGUUUGAAGUUGGUGACCAGGUAUUUUUGAAGGUGUCACCCAUUCGAGGUGUUCUUAGGUUUGGCAUCCGGGGAAAAUUGAGUCCGAGGUAUAUUGGACCAUAUCCCAUCUUGGAAAGGAUUGGCGAGGUAGCUUAUAAAUUGGAGUUGCCUGGAAAUCUAGCGGGUGUUCAUGAUGUGUUUCAUGUGUCCUUACUUCGGAAGUAUGUUCCCGACCCAAAUCACAUCGUUAAUCCCGAACCAAUUCAACUCCGGGAGGAUCUUACUUAUGACGAGCACCCGAUCCGCAUUUUAGAUUUCAAAGAGAGGAUGAUGCGGAGAAGGACCAUUCGUUUUGUUAAGGUCCUCUGGGACAACCAUUCGGUUGAAGAAGCUACUUGGGAAAUUGAGCAUGCCCACAUGAGAUUCUUCGGUUUAUUUUGAAAGUGAGAACGAUUGUGAAUUGUGGUUUCUGUAAAUCUUGCUUGGUUUUGUCUCCGAUAUGGUCGUGUUAUUCGUGUGCCCGCUAGUGGGAGGUUUAUAAAUGCUAGCACAUGUCGACAUGUUAUUGAUAGAAUCGGUUCGCUCGUGGCCCUACUAGUGGGGAUUAUACACUAGCACUCGUGGCCCUACUAGUGGGGAUUAUACACUAGUACUCGUGUGCCUGCCAAUGGGAGGUUUAUAACACUGGCCAUGACUAAUAGAGGAGACCACUACAUGAUUUUAUUUUGCAUUAAUGAUUUGUUAUUAAAACGCUCUGUUCUUGAAACGCUCUGUUCAUGUUUCAACCGAUUAUUUGGCAUGCUUUAAACUUUGAUGUCGGGCCCCCAUGUUUACUUACUGAGAUAUUUCUAUCUCACGGUUUCCUUGUCCACCAUUUCAGGUAGUGAGACCCGACGCGUGGGAAGUCCGGGGGAGUGACGAGCUAAACGGCUAGGCACUUUUGGACUUAGGUUUUUGUAGCUAAGCCGUUAGUCACCCAUGCUUGAUAUAGAAAAUUUUGUGUACAUAAUUUAGUGUUAGUCAUGAUUAUAUAUAUGAAGUGAUAAAUUUUGUACAUUCAACUGGUAACUAUUUGGUAGAUUAAAAGGCUUAAAUAUGAAUUGCUAAGUAAGAACUCAGUAGGUCUUGAGCCUUGUGCAUUUGUGGGCCCCGCUCACGAGUGCACGGCAUCUGCCACGACUCCGGAUUUGGGUUUUGGGGCGUGACAGAUUAAAUGUUUAGUUUGUAAUAUAAGAAUAAAUUUGGAGAUGUCCGAUCAUAUGGGGACAGAUAGAAAUAGCAUCGUGAUUAAGGGUAGUCAUAGUGAUUUUACUUUUGAAUCCGUGGUACGAUAAUUAAUUCUUGGAUAUUUUGAUUAGGUUCUUGAGUGUUUUGUCACCUGAGCACUUGAUUUGAGUUUCGGAUUUGAGGUAAGUAAAUUAGGGUAAUGCCC